UCUGAAGAUCACAACCCGUUGUCCGGGUUUUCACAACACAGUCAAAUAUACAUCUAAAUCAGUAUUUUAUCGUUUCAAUUUGGGCAAGGGGCGUGGAAGCAAUAAUUAGUUGAAUCCUAAUGCAUUAUUGCGUCUUUGGUUCUGAAGAGAGGAGAGACAAAACCGGGAGGGGAGGGUGAGGAGGGGUAAAGGCGGAACAAACCGGUGUGCCCUGAUAGACGCUGUAGCGGCUCGCCCGCACUGCAGAUUAACUCUUAGCAGGCCGAGGAUGCACAGGACCGAUGGACGCUGAAUUUCCUGUGCCUGUCACCAAUAUGGACAGGUGGACUGCAGCUAAUACAGGAAGAAGGACAGGAGGUAUCCCUGUUUCUCUGGGCACGGUACAAACGUACAAACUCAUCUGCGAGGAACCACACUCUGAGAACCGAGAGAAAGAUCAUAUGUCCUCUCUUCAACCUGACACACUGUGUGUGGACAAAAGCACAGAAUGUACACAGCACAACUGGAACACACUGAAAACCACUGACUGAACCUAACGUCCUUCCUCAAUGUUGGAAGAGACAGUCAGAGAGCGUUGUUUGUCCCACUCACUCUCAGUGAACAUACCCCAGACUGUCCUGUGUGAGUAAAGGUAGCUAGGAGGACGGGGCAAAAGGUGGGAGGUCCCACUCAUAGUCAGUGAAGAUCCCAAGACACCCAAGAGACUAUCCAUCAAGACCCAGCCAUUACUGACUUUACAUAGCCUCAUAACCAGGUCUGGCCCGGAGACAGCCAGUCCUGUGUGUGUGGAAGUAGCCCAGUGUGUGUGGGUGGAGGUAGCUAGGAGGAGGGGGCGCCAGUUGUCUUCUCAGGCCGGAUGCAGAACAUCCUUGAGCAGAACUUAGACAUGGCCACGGCUCUGCUGGCGGGGGAGAAGCUGAAGGAGCUGAUUCUGCCUGGCUCUUCCCAGGAUGAGAAGGGAGGCAUGCUGGCCGGCCUCAUGGUCCAGCUCAAACUAGAGCUACCAUUUGACCGCGUCGUCACCAUCGGCACCGUCAUUAUCCCCAUCCUGCUUGUCACACUCGUCUUCACAAGGAAUUUCGCAGAGGAGUCAAUCUACUGCUACACACCUCACAACUUCACCCGUGACCAGGCCCUGUACGCGCGAGGCUACUGUUGGACAGAGCUGCAUGACGCCGUACCCGGGGUGGAGCCUGAACUUCGACCUUCGCUGUUCGAGCACAAGUUCCUGCCCUAUGCUCUGCUGGCCUUUGCUGGCAUCAUGUACAUCCCUGCUCUCGGCUGGGAAUUCAUGGCCUCCACAAGACUUACCUCCGAGCUCAACUUUCUGCUUCACGAGAUAGACAACUGCUACCACCGGGCGGCCGAGGGCCGGGCCCCUAAAAUCGAGAAGCAGAUCCAGUCUAAAGGACCGGGUAUCACUGAGAAAGAGAGACGUGAGAUCAUUGAGAAUGCGGAGAAGGAGAAGAGCCCCGAGCAGAACCUGUUUGAGAAGUACCUGGAGAGACGAGGCCAGAGCAACUUCCUGGCCAAGCUGUACCUGGGGCGCCACCUGGCCAUCAUCUGCCUCAGCUCCAUCCCCAUCUCCUACCUGAGCGCCUACUGGCACCGCCAGCGCCAGAACGAGUUCAGCUGUGCCCUGGGGGAGCCUCCAGACACCAGCAGCAUCCCAGAGCUGAGGCUCAGCGUCAACUGCAAACUGCCGGCCGUGCAGCUGCAGAGGAUCAUGGCCGCCGUGGACAUCGCCCUGCUGAGCACCAUGAACCUCGUCAUCCUGGUCAACCUGCUGCACCUGUUUGUGGUGCGCAAGUCCAACUUUGUGUUCGACAAACUGCACAAGGUGGGCAUCAAGACGCGGAGGCGCUGGCAGAAGUCCCAGUUCUGCGACAUCAACAUUCUGGCCAUGUUCUGUAACGAGAACCGUGACCACAUUAAGUCACUCAACCGCCUGGACUUCAUCACCAAUGAGAGCGACCUCAUGUAUGACAACGUGGUGAGGCAGCUGCUGGCCGCGCUGGCCCAGUCUAACCAAGAUGUCACGCCCACAGUGAGGGACUCAGGCAUCCAGACCCUAGAUCCCAAUAUGGACCCCUCUCUCCUGGGGGUAGGGGAGCUGGGAGGGGAGCCACUGGUCAUCAAACGACCACGCAAGAAGAUGAAGUGGAUCCCCAGCUCCAACCCUCUCCCGCAGCCCUUUAAGGAACCUCUGACAAUGACGCGUUUGGAGAACAGCGUUAAGCCUGAGAAGCCCAAACUGGUGAGGAGGAAAACAGUGGCAGAGAGCUACGUCGCUCCUUUAAGCAAGAGCACACAGUACUCUGCUAAAGAUAUGAGCACGCUGGAGAAGAAGCAUAGUCGCAACUUUUCCCUGGAUGUCCACCCGUACAUGCUGACCAUCCGUAAGCCCACCAAAGUAGAGACAGUCAGCGCAGAGCCUCUACCCCCAGACCACACCCUGGACUCGGUGUUCAUUGAGGGCACACACACCAUUGUCCAUGUCUCCGCUUCUAUCACAGAAAAGAAAGAUCGCACUCCAGAAUCCACCAACACAGUCUUCUCUACAAUGACCGUCCCCACCAGCACCUAUAUGAACGGUGCCACUCCCAGCCCUAACCCACCAUUUCUUGCUGACCGCCACCUUAUAGAACCCCUGAUCGAGCAAGAGGAGCCUGAAGAUGCCCAGCCUGCAGUCUUCACUCGGAUCCCUCCCCACCAGCUGCUCAGUAUGCAUCAGCUACUCAGUAUGGAGGAAGAGGAGGCUAGAGGCCAGGGGGCCAGACUGUCUGAGAGACCCGGGGGGGAACUGAUCUCUGCUGGGGAGUGUUGAGGAGGAGACACACACAUCCCAUCCCACCUAUAGCCAAAAACCACAUUGUCCCCCUAACCCCUAGUUAUGCUGUGCUCAUACCUCACUACUCCUCUGGUGAAGGUACUGAUUGCGAGUGCUGAUGGUGCUGAACCAGAAUUUUUAGCUGGAGUGUUGAAGAUUUAACGAGAAGGAGCAUAAGAGAGGAUAGUGGUUCAAUGUGUUCUGAUCUACACAUAGUCAUCUGACUGCUGUUACUCUCUCCACACAUGAAGACUUCGGUGAAAUGCACACAGGAGCAUUACCUUUGUAGAUCCUGCACAGUUGAAUGGAGCAUUUGUUGGUCAUGUUCUUGACUUGGAGAGGAAGCAGCUCUUAAUGAAAAAGAUAAGAAAGAGAAUAGGGAAGACAUACGGUUUGAAGCCUUUUAAACACAUUUUAGAAAAGCACACAAUCUAUAGUCCAUUCGGAAAGUAAUCAGGGCCCUUCAAUUUUUCCACAUUUUGUUACGUUACAGCCUUAUUCUAAAAUGGAUUAAAUAGUUUUUUCCCCAUCAAUCAACACACAAUACC